AUGGGUCUACAGGAAAAGAUUAAUGCAAACCCAACAGUGUACGCCGUCACUGCACCAGUGCACAAGAAAUAUAACGUGGAUGAGUAUUUGGAUGAGGACACGACGGACCCGUUCGAUCCCGAUGAGAUCUUUGAAAUGCUUCGACACGUCAACGACCCGGAGCAUCCGCUGACGCUCGAGCAGCUCAAGGUGAUUUCAAUCGAGAACAUUCACGUGGAUGACGCCAGCUCACGCAUCAAAAUUUACUUUACACCCACUAUCCCACACUGCAGUAUGGCAACAUUAAUUGGACUAUGUCUUCGUGUAAAGCUGAUACGAUCGCUGCCAACGCGCUUCAAGGUAGAUAUUCUCAUCACGCCGGGCACGCAUGCGUCAGAAGCGGCGGUCAAUAAGCAACUCAACGACAAGGAGCGCGUAGCAGCUGCGCUGGAAAACUCGCAUUUGCUCACGGUCGUAAACAAAUGUAUUGCCAAUACAGACAAGUGA